AUGGAUGGUCUAAGUUGGGAUGCCUCACAUGCUGUGGAGAACCUGCCCAUGUUUUGGAGCAAUAUAGAACAAGAAGAGCUUGAAGCAAGCUUGAAUCCAAGCUUUCCUAAUAAUCCAAUGCAAGAGAUGCAGCCUCUAACGGGUCGUCAUCAUCAUCAUCUAUAUGCAAAUUCUGGAAAAGGAUUGAUCAAAGAGAUGGUUCAAUUAUCGGAAGCUGAAGCAGAAUUAGCAGCUACUACAAGUUCAAAGACAAAUCUGUCACAGCUAGUAGGUGGGUCCAGCUGGGCUGGUGGAUCUUACAGUAUGAAUAACCCAUUUGGUAAUUUUGAUCCUCCAGAAUUCAACAUGGCCCACCAACAUCCACAACUUGUCAAUAAUGGCUCAAAAAAUGGUACCUUCUCUGCUGAGUCACUAGAUUGCUUGCUCUCAGCUACAAAUAGCAACACAGACACAUCUGUUGAAGAUGAUGGAGUCUCCAUGAUCUUAUCUGAUUGCAGAAGAUCAAACUUAUGGAGCUUUAAUUAUAACAAUGGAGGAAGUGAAUCCGAGAGUACUACUAAUGCUACCAAUGCUGACCAUGAAACAUUAUCUCAGGGUUCCUCAGAUCUUUAUGCAAAUCAAGCUAUAAAAAUCGCAGAAUCCACCAAGACUAAGUGUUCAAAAAGGAGCAUUGAUGAUGCCUUUGACCAAUAUCCCUACUUCAACAUUGAAGAAGGUGGUUCAAGUUCAUUCAGGCUCAUUAAAGAGAAUGACAACAACAAUCCACCAAAACCCAAAAGACCCAGAUGGGAUUCUAAGCUUCCAACUUCUUCAAACAUCAAUUUCAAGCAGCCCCAUUCAUCAACAUCAUCUUCCAUGGAAGAACCAGACCCAGAUGCCAUAGCACAAAUGAAAGAGAUGAUAUACAGGGCUGCAGCGUUUAGGCCUGUGAAUUUAGGAAUGGAGGUGGUGGAGAAGCCAAAGAGGAAGAACGUGAGGAUAUCAACAGAUCCUCAAACUGUGGCUGCAAGGCUGAGAAGAGAGAGAAUAAGUGAAAGAAUUAGGGUUUUGCAGAAAUUGGUUCCCGGUGGAAGCAAGAUGGACACUGCUUCAAUGCUUGAUGAAGCUGCAAAUUACCUCAAGUUUCUAAGGUCACAAGUGAAAGCACUAGAGAGUCUAGGAAGCAGAGUUGAGGCUAUGAGUUGUCCUCCUACUAGUAUUGCCUACUCUUUUAACCCUUCUUUUCCCAGGCAGUUUAACCCUAGCUACCACAUCGAACAUUAA